AUGGAAAACAUGAAAUAUCGGUAUAUUUACGAGUGCGAGUUCUACCGUGGCACCAGUGCUGCAGAAACAGCUCGAAGAAUUAAUGAUGUGUACGGCGCUGGUGUCGGAAAAGAAAGUACGAUACGUUUUUGGUUUCAACGUUUUUGUUCUGGAAAUUCUGACCUUCAGAACCAACCCCGUGGACGGCCGGAGACCAAAGUGGAACAUAAAGAAGUAAAGGCUAUUGUGGAAGCGGAUACAUCACAAAGCACUUCAAAGAUAGCUGCAGGCUUUGGGGUAAGUGAUAAAACUGUAUUAAUCUACUUGAAGCAAAUCGGGAAAGUAAAAAAACCUAAACGAUGGGUACCUCAUGAAUUGAGUGAAUCGAACUUGCAAACACGCGUCGACUGCUGUCUUACUUUGCUCAACCGAUACAAUAAUGAAGGGAUUUUAAAUCGAAUCAUUACUUGUGAUGAAAAGUGGAUACUGUACGAUAAUCGGUUUGCACUCGUCGCAAUGGCUGAACCCAGACAAAUCCUGCCCUAA